AUGGCGGAGUUGUUUACAUUCAUUUCUCCUCCUAAACGAUCAAAUCCCAUCGACGAACUUUUGGACGUCUUUAACAACGCAAAUAAUCGAUGGGAACAUGAUAAAAAAAUAGUUGAGCGGGUAGAAUUCUGGCUCUCUAUCAACAACUUGAAUCCCAAAGAAAUAUUUGAUACUGUAUAUUCACAAGCACAAAUAAAUAUUAAAUAUGCAUCGAUAUUGGCCUUUUUAUAUGAUUACGGAAUCGGGACAGAAAUUGAUAGAAAACAAACAUUUCAUUGGUACGAAGUUGCAGCCUCCAAUUUAGACGAUCCGUUAGCGCAAAAUCAAAUCGGAUAUUGUUAUAAUCAUGGUAUUGGAAUCGAGAAGAACUAUAAAGCGGCAACCAAAUGGUUACAGAAAUCGGCGCUAAAUGGGUUUCCUGGUGGUGAACAUCUGUUAGCUAAUCGACUAUUUAAUGGAAAAGGAAUACUCAAUGAUUACGAAGCUGCUUUCAAAUGGAAUAAAAAGGCGGCCAUUUCGCGAUAUAUGCUUGCCGAAUUGAGUAUUGGCAAUUGUUAUUACUAUGGAAUUGGAGUUGCCAAAGAUUUUCACAAAUCAGUAAAUUGGUAUCGGCGCUCAGCAUUUAAAGGGAAUGGAACUGCGCAAGUUAAAUUGGGAAAUUGUCAUUCUUACGCGAUGCAGCUAGAACUAGAAGUGCGAUUAGUCAUCUGA